UGGCAGCUGCUAUCAGGAAGCUUCUAGGGCUCUUUACUCAGGACUGUGAAACCACAUAGACAUGGAAACACAAAUGGAGUCUCAGUUCUCACAGAAGAGGCAGUCGCGGGAAGAGUUAAUUGAGGCUGCAGAUGGCAAUAUCGGUGUGUGUGGUUGGAUCAUACUGAUUUUAUCUGCAUUUAUGGCAGCCAUUACAUUUCCCUUAUCCAUAUGGUUUUGCGUUAAGAUCAUUCAAGAAUACGAGCGCGCAGUUGUGUUUCGCUUGGGUCGCAUCAUUUCAGGAAAAGCAAAAGGGCCAGGUGUGAUGUUUGUGCUGCCCUGCACAGAUACCUUCAUAAAAGUCGACCUCCGAGUUAUCUCCUUUGCAAUUCCACCACAAGAGAUCCUCACCAAGGACUCUGUUACUACAACUGUGGAUGGUGUUGUUUAUUACAACAUACAAAGUGCUAUAAAGGCAGUGGCCAAUGUGAAUAAUGUUCAUAUAGCCACUCAGCAGCUUGCCCAGACAACUCUGAGAAACAUCCUGGGCACACAAACGCUUGCCAACAUCCUGGCCAACAGGGAGGAAAUUGCCCACAAUAUUCAGUCAAUAUUGGACCAUGCAACUCACAAAUGGGGGGUGAAGGUGGACCGUGUGGAGAUGAGAGAUGUGCGCCUGCCUGUGCAGAUGCAGAGAGCUAUGGCUGCUGAAGCCGAAGCUGCACGAGAGGCUCGGGCAAAGGUUGUGGCCGCAGAGGGUGAAAUGAACGCGUCCCGAGCUCUCAAAGAAGCUUCUCUAGUGAUAGCAGAAUCUCCAGCGGCUCUUCAGCUGCGUUACUUGCAGACACUCAACACAAUCGCAGCCGAGAACAACUCCACAAUUGUCUUCCCUCUCCCCAUUGAGCUGAUGCAAGGAUUCCUAAGCAGAAAGUGAAUCCCAGACACUCCGCACUUACACACCACAGGAACUCUUACUGUUUCUCUAUAGGAAAAUAUAAUUCUGUUUAUUCAUUCAGCUAAACAAGUCUUUUCUAGCAAUAAACACAUUAUUGUGAUAUAAGUAUCUAUGAAUAGGCACUUAUUUAUGUAUGAGAAAGUGGUAAGUUGGCUGCCAGUUACAAGGAUCGAUAUUACGUUACUGGGCCUAUUAGGUACUAGGUACAAGCGAGGCCUCGCUGCUGCCAUAACGCAAUGGUGUAAUGGUGACUGUGCUUGUUCCCUCUGAGUCUGGCUCAAAGGCUCCUUCCUCUAAGCUCUAAUUUAGAGGGAUUUACUCAAAUACAGCAUGGUUUUAUUUCCUCCAUUAUACAGGUAAAAGAUCCGUUAUCCGAAAACCCCUUAUCCAGAAAGCUGUAAAUUAUGGGAAGACCAUCUCCCAUAGACUCUAUUUUUAUCAAAUAAUUCAAAUUUUUUAAAAUUAUUCAAUCAAAAUCAAUACAGAUAGGCGUACUGACUAAAUGUCAUUAUUUUAACUGUAUAAUGGAGGAAAUAAAGUAAUGCUGGUUUUAAGAAGUUGCCUCUGAAUCAGACAGGUUAUUCCAUGAUUGCUUUGAAUGAACCUAGCCUGCACAUAGCACAUUUUCUAGAGAUUAAAAUAAACUAAGUUUAUUGAGAAUGCAGUAUCUAAUUCAGAUUCUAUCUGCACCAAUGUAACAACUGUGAAUAUGCUGAUUGUUUUUUCAAUAAAAUGUAUUAAGGAGAUGUAAAUCUCAUAAGAGAAAAAAUAA